AUGCUGCAGCUGAGCCUGUCCUGGCUGGGACUCGGGCCGGUGGCAGCCUCCCCGUGGCUGCUCCUGCUCCUGGUAGGGGCCUCCUGGCUCCUGGCCCGCGUCCUGGCCUGGACCUACACCUCCUACAGCAACUCUCGCCGCCUCCAAUGUUUUCCACAGCCCCCAAAACGCAACUGGUUCUUGGGUCACCUGGGCCUGUUUCCCCCCACGGAGCAGGGCUUGAGGGGCUUAACUCAGCUGGUGGCCAACUACCCCCAGGGAUACAUGCUCUGGAUGGGCCCUACCACCCCCCUGGUCAUUUUCUGCCAUCCCGACUUGAUCCGGAAUGUCGCCAAUGCCUCAGCCACCGUCGCACCCAAGGACGUGCACUUCUACGACUUUCUGAAGCCCUGGCUGGGGGACGGGCUCCUGCUGAGUUCCAGUGACAAGUGGAGCAGCUGCCGUCGCAUGCUGACACCCGCCUUCCACUUCAACAUCCUGAAGCCCUAUGUGAAGAUUUUCACCAAGAGUGCAGACAUCAUGCAUGGCAAGUGGCAGCGCUUAGUCACGGAGGGCCACGCCCAUCUGUACAUGUUUGAACACAUCAGCUUCAUGACCCUGGACAGUCUGCAGAAAUGCGUCUUCAGUUUCGACAGCAAUUGCCAGGAGAAGCCCAGUGAAUAUAUUGCUGCCAUCUUGGAGCUCAGUGCCCUAGUGGCAAAAUGGCACCAGGGUAUCUUCCUGCAUGUAGACCUCCCGUACUACCUCACCCCCGACGGGCGGUGCUUCCACAGGGCCUGCCGCCUGGUGCACGACUUCACAGAUGCUGUUAUCCAGGAGCGGCGGCGUACCCUCCCCAGUCAGGGCAUUGAUGACUUCCUCAAGGCCAAGGUUAAGGCCAAGACCUUGGACUUCAUUGAUGUGCUCCUGCUGACCAAGGAUGAAGAUGGGAAGGGAUUGUCAGACGAAGAUAUCCGAGCUGAAGCUGACACCUUCAUGUUUGAGGGCCAUGACACCACAGCCAGUGGCCACUCCUGGAUCCUGUACAACCUUGUAAAGCACCAAGAAUACCAUGAACGCUGCCAGCAGGAGGUGGAAGAGCUCCUCAGGAACCGUGAGCCUAAGGAGAUUGAAUGGUGA